GGUAGAGCCAGCUGCCAGCCGGGCCGGUCCGUCCUCCAGGGGACCCCGCGCAGUCCAGGUGAGCGGGGCCGCGUCUGCUUCGGUGACACCAGGGUGAGGCUAGGCCUGCAGCUUCUCACGUUCUCACUAUGUCUGCUCCAGACGAAGGGAGACGGGAUCCCCCCAAACCGAAGGGCAAGACCCUGGGCAGCUUCUUUGGGUCCCUGCCUGGCUUCAGCUCUGCCCGGAACCUGGUGGGCAACGCACAUAGCUCGGCGAGAGCCCGGCCGGCCACUGACCCCACAGGAGCGCCUGCUGCCGAGGCUGCCCAACCACAGGCUCAGGUGGCUGCCCACCCAGAGCAGACGGCCCCAUGGACGGAGAAGGAGCUGCAACCUUCGGAAAAGAUGGUGUCCGGGGCCAAAGACCUGGUGUGUUCCAAGAUGUCCAGGGCCAAGGAUGCCGUGUCCUCCGGGGUGGCCAGCGUGGUGGACGCGGCUAAGGGAGUGGUCCAGGGAGGCCUGGACACCACUCGGUCUGCACUCACGGGCACCAAGGAGGCGGUGUCCAGCGGGGUCACAGGGGCCAUGGACAUGGCUAAGGGGGCCGUCCAAGGGGGUCUGGACACCUCGAAGGCUGUCCUCACCGGCACCAAGGACACGGUGUCCACUGGGCUCACAGGGGCAGUGAAUGUGGCCAAAGGGACCGUACAGGCCGGUGUGGACACCACCAAGACUGUGCUGACCGGCACCAAAGACACAGUGACUACUGGGGUCAUGGGGGCAGUGAACUUGGCCAAAGGGACUGUCCAGACUGGCGUGGAAACCUCCAAGGCUGUGCUGACCGGCACCAAAGAUGCUGUGUCCACUGGGCUCACAGGGGCAGUGAAUGUGGCCAGAGGGAGCAUUCAGACCGGUGUGGACACCAGUAAGACUGUCCUAACAGGUACCAAGGACACCGUCUGUAGUGGGGUGACCGGUGCCAUGAAUGUGGCCAAAGGAACCAUCCAGACUGGCAUGGACACCAGUAAGACUGUCCUAACAGGUACCAAGGACACCGUCUGUAGUGGGGUGACUGGUGCCAUGAAUGUGGCCAAAGGAACCAUCCAGACCGGCGUGGACACCACCAAGACUGUCCUAACUGGCACCAAGGACACUGUCUGCAGUGGGGUGACUGGUGCCGUGAACUUGGCCAAAGGGGCCAUCCAGGGGGGCCUGGAUACCACCAAGUCUGUGGUCAUGGGUACGAAAGACACGGUGUCCACUGGGCUCACAGGGGCAGCGAAUGUGGCCAAGGGGGCCGUGCAAACUGGGCUGAACACAACCCAAAAUAUCGCAAUAGGUACAAAGGACACCGUCUGCAGUGGGGUGACUGGUGCCAUGAACUUGGCCAGAGGAACCAUCCAGACAGGCGUGGAUACCACCAAGACUGUUCUAACCGGUACCAAGGACACUGUCUGCAGUGGGGUCACCGGUGCUGCAAAUGUGGCCAAAGGGGCCGUCCAGGGGGGCCUGGACACUACAAAGUCUGUCCUGACUGGCACUAAAGAUGCUGUGUCCACUGGGCUCAAAGGGGCUGUGAACGUGGCCAAAGGGACCAUCCAGACCGGCAUGGACACCACCAAGACUGUCCUAACCGGCACCAAGGACACCGUCUGCAGUGGGGUGACCAGUGCCGUGAACGUGGCCAAAGGGGCCGCCCAGGGGGGCCUGGACACCACCAAGUCUGUGGUCAUAGGUACAAAAGACAUGGUGUCCACUGGGCUCACGGGGGCAGCGAAUGUGGCCAAGGGGGCCGUCCAGACAGGUGUAGACACAGCCAAGACCGUGCUGACCGGCACCAAGGACACAGUGACUACUGGGCUCGUGGGGGCAGUGAAUGUUGCCAAAGGGACCGUCCAGACAGGCAUGGACACCACCAAGACUGUCCUAACCAGUACCAAGGACACCGUCUGCAGUGGGGUCACCAGUGCCAUGAACGUGGCCAAGGGGGCUGUGCAAACUGGGCUGAAAACGACCCAAAAUAUCGCGACAGGUACAAAGAACACCUUUGGCAGUGGGGUGACCGGUGCUGUGAAUGUGGCCAAAGGGGCCGCCCAGACAGGUGUAGACACAGCCAAGACCGUGCUGACCGGCACCAAGGACACAGUCACUACUGGGCUCAAGGGGGCAGUGAAUGUCGCCAAAGGGACCGUCCAGACUGGUGUGGACACCACCAAGACUGUCCUAACCGGUACCAAGGACACCGUCUGCAGUGGGAACACCCUUGGCAGUGGGGUGACCGGUGCUGCGAAUGUGGCCAAAGGGGCCGUCCAGGGGGGCCUGGACACUACAAAGUCUGUCCUGACUGGCACUAAAGAUGCUGUGUCCACUGGGCUCACAGGGGCUGUGAACUUGGCCAAAGGGACUGUCCAGACCGGUAUGGACACCACCAAGACUGUGUUAACUGGUACCAAGGACACUGUGUGCAGUGGGGUGACCGGUGCUGUGAACGUGGCCAAGGGAGCCGUCCAGACGGGUGUAGACACGGCCAAGACCGUGCUGACCGGCACCAAGGACACAGUCACUACUGGGCUUAUGGGGGCAGUGAAUGUCGCCAAAGGGACCGUCCAGACCGGUGUGGACACCACCAAGACUGUCCUAACCGGUACCAAGGACACUGUCUGCAGCGGGGUGACCGGUGCCGCAAACGUGGCCAAAGGGGCCGUCCAGGGGGGCCUGGACACUACAAAGUCUGUCCUGACUGGCACUAAAGACACCGUAUCCACUGGGCUCAAAGGGGCUGUGAACUUGGCCAAAGGGACUGUCCAGACCGGCGUGGACACCACCAAGACUGUCCUAACCGGUACCAAGGACACCGUCUGCAGUGGAGUCACUGGUGCCGUGAAUGUGGCCAAAGGGACCGUCCAGACAGGUGUGGACACAGCCAAGACGGUGCUGAGUGGCACUAAGGAUGCAGUGACUAAUGGAGUCAUGGGGGCAGUGAAUGUGGCCAAAGGAACCGUGCAGACCAGCGUGGACACCUCCAAGGCUGUGCUUACGGGUACCAAGGACACUGUCUGCAGUGGGGUUACCGGUGCCAUGAGCAUGGCCAAAGGGGCCGUCCAGGAGGGCCUGGACACCACCGAGACAGUGCUGACCGGAACCAAAGACGCAGUGUCCGCUGGGCUCAUGGGGUCAGGGAACGUGGCGACAGGGGCCACCCACACUGGCCUCAGCACCUUCCAGAACUGGUUACCUAGUACCCCUGCCACCUCCUGGGGUGGACUCACCAGUUCCAGGACCAAAGACAAUGGUGGGGAGCAGACUGCCCUGAGCCCCCAAGAGGCCCCGUUCUCUGGCGUCUCCACGCCCCUGGAUGUGCUCAGGGUAGGCCCGGAGCCUGCCUGGGAAGCCGCAGCCACUACCAAGGGCCUUGCGACUGAUGUGGCGACGUUCACCCAAGGGGCCACCCCAGGCAGGGAGGACAUGGGGCUUUUGGCCACCACACACGGCCCCGAAGAAGCCCCACGCCGCUUGCUGCGGAAUGAGUUGGAGAGGCUGGGGGACAUCUUCCACCCCAUGAAUGCGGAGGAGCAAGCUCAGCUGGCUGCCUCCCAGCCCGGGCCAAAGGUGCUGUCGGCGGAACAGGGGAGCUACUUCGUUCGUUUAGGUGACCUGGGUCCCAGCUUCCGCCAGCGGGCAUUUGAACACUCGGUGAGCCACCUGCAGCAUGGCCAAUUCCAAGCCAGGGACACUCUGGCCCAGCUCCAGGACUGCUUCAGGCUGAUUGAAAAAGCCCAGCAGGCUCCAGAAGGGCAGCCGUGUCUGGACCAGGGCUCAGGUGCCAGUGCGGAGGACGCUGCUGUCCAGGAGGAGCAGGAUGCUGGGGUUCUGUCCAGGGUCUGCAGCCUUCUCCGGCAGCUACACACGGCCUACAGUGGCCUGGCCUCCAGCCUCCAGGGCCUGCCCGCCGAGCUCCAGCAGCCGGUGGGGCGGGCGCGGCACAGCCUCUGUGAGCUCUAUGGCAUCGUGGCCUCGGUCGGCUCUGUAGAGGAGCUGCCCGCAGAGCGGCUGGUGCAGAGCCGCGAGGGUGUGCACCAGGCUUGGCAGGGGUUAGAGCAGCUGCUGGAGGGCCUACAGCACAAUCCCCCGCUCAGCUGGCUGGUAGGGCCCUUCGCCUUGCCCCCUGGAGGGCAGCAGCUGUAGGAGCCUGCAGGCCCGGCGCGGGGUCGCCCUGCUCUGUCCAGGGAGGAGCUGCCUCAGAACUUUCUCCCCGCCCCCAAACCUGGAUCGGUUCCCUAAAGCCCUAGACCUUUGGGGCUGCAGCUGGCUGAGCGCCGAGGGGCUGCGGAGGCAGUGACCUUCUUAACUGAGCCACCCCACGCCCUGCUCCGGGCCUGCCUGCAUCUCCCACCUCCUCCCCAGCGCUGCCUGCCCCUCUCGGAGCCUGGGGUCACUCAGACCACCAGCCAAGAGCCUUCCCUUGAAGUCCCCAAGCAAGCAUUGCAAUUAGGAAAGAGAAAAAGCAGCGUGCCCAGCCUGGAAGGGCAUCCGUUUGCCCCGCUAGCAACCCUUUUAUAUCUAGCAGGGCUCUUCCAGUCCUGCAGCACGGGCCCCCAGCUAUCAGCGGUGCAGGCAGUGCUGUGGCAUCCCAGGCUCCGGGCAGCUCCGUUCUCAUGCUGAAAGUGGGCCUCCGGCCU